GACCCCUUGGCCGGGGACCCGCCGCCGCCGCGCAGUACCGCGUCCCGGGCUGCCGGCCCACCGUCCACGCCCGCCGAGAAAGCCUGGACGGACUCCAAUGUGAGAAUGGCUGUGACUUUGGAAGAAGCUCCCUGGCUGGGCUGGAUCUUGGUGAAAGCCUUGAUGAGGUUUGCCUUCAUGGUUGCCAACAACCUGGUGGCUCUUCCAUCCUACAUCUGCUAUGUAAUCAUACUUCAGCCUCUUCGAGUCCUGGACAGUAAGCGGUUCUGGUACAUUGAAGGAAUCAUGUAUAAAUGGCUUUUAGGAAUGGUGGCUUCUUGGGGAUGGUAUGCUGGAUAUACAGUGAUGGAAUGGGGGGAAGAUGUUAAAGUGAUUUCAAAGGAUGAAGCAGUAAUGUUGGUGAAUCAUCAGGCAACGGGAGAUGUGUGCACUCUGAUGAUGUGCCUGCAGGACAAAGGACUGGUUGUUGCUCAAAUGAUGUGGUUGAUGGAUCAUAUUUUUAAGUAUACAAACUUUGGAAUUGUUUCUCUAAUUCAUGGAGACUUCUUUAUAAGACAGGGAAGAUUGCAUCGUGACCAGCAGCUACUUCUUUUAAAAAAGCACCUAGAAAAUAAUUAUAGAAGCAGAGAUCGAAAAUGGAUUGUUUUGUUUCCAGAAGGAGGCUUCCUCAGGAAAAGACGAGAAACAAGUCAGGCAUUUGCAAAGAAAAAUAACUUGCCAUUUCUUACACAUGUCACCCUGCCAAGGAUUGGAGCAACAAAAAUUAUUUUGAGUGCACUUGUAGCACGACAGGAAAAUGGAAUUCCAGCAGGAGGAGAUGCUAGAGAAUUAGACAGCAAAUCAAAAGGCCUCCAAUGGGUUAUAGAUACAACCAUAGCUUAUCCCAAAGCUGAACCCAUAGAUAUUCAAACCUGGAUCCUUGGAUACAGAAAACCAACAGUCACACAUGUACAUUACAGGAUCUUUCCAAUUAAAGACAUACCCCUGGAGACUGACGAUGACCUUACUGAUUGGCUCUAUCAAAGGUUUAUUGAAAAAGAGGACCUCUUAUCACAUUUUUAUAAAACAGGAGCUUUUCCAUGUCCCAAGGGCCAUAAGGAAGCUGUUUCCAGAGUGAUGACCCUCAGCAAUAUGUGGAUAUUUCUCAUACAGUCUUUUGCAUUUUUGUCAGGCUAUAUGUGGUACAACAUCAUUCAGUAUUUUUACCAUUGCCUGUUUUAGGAAUUGACUUGGACUUGCAAGGUCACCAUAGGAGUUCAGACUUUGAAAAAUGUGCAUUAUUUUACAUGUGCAAAUCAGAAUAUAGGAAAAAAAAAAGCAAAGGAAAUUCAAUGGAAGGAUUAAUGUUUAUCCCCCUUUGGGAUAUUUUAAAACUCUGUGGAAAUGAGGAUCAGUAAUAUAAUGACCUGCUAAUAUAUUUUAAGAACUUUUCAUGUUUUAAAAAGAUAUAUUCUACCACACAUUUAAACAAAUACCACAUUUGGAGAAGUGGAUAUCGUAAAACCAUCCUAGAAGACUGAGAGAAAUUCUGUUGCCACCAGUGAUACUGAUAAUUUAGUUCAAGUUCAGAAAGUUGUGUUUAUUCCUCCUAGGUAGUAGUCUAUAUUCCAGCAGCUCAUGUGGUUUUACUAGUAACCUUGAGGGGAGCCAAUUGGCACCUUCUGAAGAAUUGUUUCCCUGUCAUUUGCAGUAACAAACUCCAGUCUUUAAUAACUAAGUAGGGUACAAUAUCAGACAUUCUCUGUGGGAGGAAGCAGUAUCCAUUAAACACAUUCCGGUGCUAGAAUGUGUUCUUUAAAAAUCCCACCCAGGCUUGCUCCGUCCAACACUAUGUUUACAUGCGCUAGUGCUUUCCCUUAUAUGAGGGGGUCACUUGCUUUUUCUGUUUGUAUAGGAGGCAUAUCAUAGAUUGAUACUUGUCUUUCACAAAAUGAAUUUUCAUAAGAUAAGAUGCAAAUAUAGUAAAGGAUUAUAAUAUAGCUUGAAAAUAAAUGUAAGAAUGAUCAGUGCGUGGGAUUCUUGAGAGGCUGUUUGUCUCUUCAUGUUUAUUGGUGUGCUGAUGCUCCCCGUUGCCCCCUGCACUGGGCACCACACCAUUGCUGAUGUGAUGGUUGUAUCUAUAGCUCAGGCUUUUUAAUUUUUUUUUCCAUUUGACAUACUAGCAUAGUAGCACUAAAUGCAUUUGGGGAUGGCUAAAAGAGAUAGACGUAAAACAUGUAAGUGACCAGUUUAAGAGGAAAUAAGUUAGUUUUUGAGAAAAAUGAGAGCUAGAGCCAGACAAUGGUGUAAAAGGGUGACAGCUUGUCACAUGGCACCCCCAGAAUCUGUGCAGACAGUGCUCCGUUCCGUCGUCAUAUCCAGGAGCUGCCUGUGUUGGAGCACGUGUAAUCAGAGGCAGGCCAGCAUAAAAGGCUUCCCAAGCUCUUCCAAUUGCUUUUGAAGAGGAUGAAGUUAAGUUUCUAUUUCUAGAAAAUGUGCCUUUUUUUUUUUUUUUUUCCUAUUUGUCAUUGUGUUGAGGUAAUUUAGCUCAUGGGAGAACCAAACCAAAAUAAAAAAGUAGUGGCACUGCAUCAGUCAAUAACCUAUACUUCCAGUGUUGAGAUAGAAUAUAUUUUUUGGUUUGGGACUGUAGGAUCCUAGUAGGUCAGUGGCAGUUUUCUGUGAUAUGAGUAUUAUAGAUUCCCCUGUUGUCUCUAAUCACACAAAUAACAAUUUUGAGAAGUAGGCUAUAAAAUAAAAAAUAAAGGAUAAUGUUUUCCAUUAUCAGGUAAACCAAAAAAACUGAAAAGAUGUGAAGUUUCCCCUGGUUAUGUGGGAAAGAUAAAUCAACACCAAAUAAAAGCUCAUAGUAGCUUCAUCUUUUAAGAUAACUCUGCAUAUGUGAAGGAGAAUGAUGUGUUAACUGAAAUACCUCACUGACUAUUAUACUACUACCAAUAAAAAUGCAGAAGAUGGUAUUAAUAUGCUGAUUUGGUAAUGUUUAUUGUAAGAUGCAGUUUUUUUAAAACCUAAAGAUUUCAUUUGUGCUCACCUACAGUGACAGUGUGUAAGUGAAACCAUUUUCAAUCUAGAGGUGUGGAUGAUGGUAGCCAAAUAGAAGCUUAAAGAUGCUUCUGUUUGAGGCCCAGCAAAUACUUCUCAGUUAAGAAGAUUAAUUGAAAUUGUUCAUUUGAGAGGUCAGUCAUCUGGGGAGUUAGUUACUCACUGUCCCAUUUGGCAUGCACAAAUCUAGCUAAUAGACCCUUUCUUCAUUGAUAAGUAAGCCACAGGGUGCAGUAUCCAAUUCUCCUAUCAAAAAUACAAGCAUACAUACAUGCAUACGUAAAUGUGGUUUAGGGCACUUUGCCAUUACUGUGCUCCAAAGGAACACGACGUUAUUAAGUAUACCGUAUACAUAAACAAAGUAUCCUGUAAGAUGCUUUAUUUUUCAAGCACAGUAUCAUUUCAAUAGUCUUUACAGUGAAAAUACCAAUAGAUGUGUGAGUUAAUUAAAAAAAAAAUAGAUCUGUGAAUUGUAAAUAGAUGUGUAUUUGAUUCUUUUUCAACAUGUUCUCUCUCUUCUAUUUGCAAAGUAAUGUUUGUUUGAGAGCAUUGAUAGUGCUUUCCUUAUCAGUAACUGGAGUUCUCCUGUUUGCACUAGGGAAUGUAAAGAGGGAAUCAGUGUUCUUAUAUGGCAGUCUGGGGAAGCAGCAUGCCACUGUACAGAACUGAAUAAAAAUUACUAAUUUGUACUUUCUUUGUUAAGUGAGAUGAAAGGAUCUUAAAGGGUAUACAUUUUGUCAAGGGGAAAGGAAAUGAAACUAUGCCAGUUUUAUACCAGUAGCUUGUAGAAUCUCAACACUUCUUGGUCUCAGCUGGUCUGCCUAGAUUCCCAGAGCAGAGCGGGUUGAGAACUCAGAACUGGAAUCCUGCUAUCAACAAGUCCCCAUAAUGGGAGCAUCUGCUUGACCACAGGCAGGUCUAGUGAAUACAGAGAGGACCUAACCCAGCAGUUCACUCUUAACUUCAGAAAGAGUUGGUGUUGAAAUAUAUUGUGGAGAAAUUGUAAGUCAAUGGGAGGUAAAGAAAAAUUACAGAAUGGAAAAUGAUGUUCUUGGUGGGCAGGCAAUUUAGUUGAGAAUCUCAAUAGUAGAUUAAAAAAAGAGAUAGCAGAUCUGUCAUAUUAUUAUGUAGUUAUUUAUGAUACAACUAACCUUCAUUUCCCACAGUAAAGGAACUAGGGAUUCCUGGACAGUUAAUCCAGUAGUAAAUCAUAGGUAAGUCAAAAAUUUAUUUAGGAGUUUGAAUUUCUAUUCUCAUCAAACUUUUUCUUCUUCUAGAGAUGCUUGUUCAAAAAAAAAUUGAGUUCAUUAAUUAUUCCUGCCUGUGUGUUUAUUGCUGAGUUAAUGAGUAGUAAAAUGAUUUGGAAAGACAGAGAGAUAGCUAUCAGGAAGAGGAGAAAACAAAAGCCUAAAUAAUCCAUGAACUAGAAAAUGGAUUUCUGAAUAAUCAACAGUUCGUGGUAUUCAAAUUAUUCUCAACCAUUUUAUGAAAAUGAAAUCUUAAAUCACCAAAUAUAAACCUCAGAACAUCAUUCUAGUGUUAACAUUGUUUGAACUGAGGUUAAGAAUGCCUCUUCAUUUUUUGCUCACGUUACUACUUGUAGAUUUGUCUUAGUAACAUUUUCUGACAAUCACUUCCCUAAAGACUCUUCUCAACUAGGUGGCCAUAGUUACAAUCAUAGAAAGUAGUCUUCAAUCAUGGAUGUUCUUUUGGAAAUUGGAAUUCUUUUUAUGUUUAAGAAAAUGUUUUAUUUGCACUGAGUAGGAAGAGUUAGUUGUUUUCUUCAUUCCUUCUUUGAAGUCAUUAUACAGAACUUCAACCCAGAGUUACCAUUAUGAAUAUGUUCAGCUCUGGUCCAUAAAGGAUGGGUAAAAAUGGCUUGUCUUAUUUUUUGCCAUGCCUGUGCUGUGAACCCUGCAUCUGUUAACAUGAAAGGCAAAGUCAAAAGCAGCACUGGGCAGUAGGUAUAGUGGUUCAAUUUAUGAGGGGGUAAGAUGAAUAUGCGUGGGACCAAAACCACCUAAAUUGGAAUUUUCCAGAUCACGAAGGGGUCAGAUGUUCUCUAGAGCAGUCACUUGUGGGUGCUUUAUUAUAAUCGUUUUGCACCAAUCCCCAACAGUUAGGAACUGGACCCUGGAAUAAGCUGAGGGUGCUGAAAUGUUGGGGGAGGGUGACUGUAGCCAUAUGGAAGAUAAAAUAUGGGGUUUUCUGCAGAAUUUCCACUUGAGGAUUUUUACAUUUAAUAUUUUUUUUUAAAACAAAUUAAAAAGCAAAAAAAAAAAUUUAGUAUAUUCUAGUUGCAAAGUAUGCACACAUAUUUUGAAUGGCUUCAUUUUUAUUGUGUAAAACUGUUGAGCUCAUGACUGUGAUGCACAAAGUCUUUACAUGUAAGGAGUCUAUGCAUUUAACAGUAAUUUAUUUUAUGAUUGGGUAAUGAAACAGUUAUAUAUUGAACUGCCAUCGUUUGUAUUAAGUGCUUUCAUUUUCUUUACAGUUAUUACAAAAUUGUAUUUAUUUUAUCUAAAUGGAUUUUUUGUUUUCCUGAUUCUGAAAUGUUUACUUUGGCUUGUUGACCUUCUUUGUGUAUCUGCAUGUUGUAAUGUAUGGUAAGAAUGAAUGUUAAAGGCUGUGGCAUCUGUAAUUAAUUUUUGUAAAGGGCUGGUCACAUGUGGAUCUGGUUGAUGAAUGCAUUUGGAAUUAUUUUAGUCACCAGAUUACCUUUUCAGAAAUUUAGAUGUAAACACCAAAAGAAGCAUUUUAUCAACAAAAAUUAAUAGCUGGUUCUAUUUUUUUUAACCUAGAAAAAAUAAAGUUGAUUUUUUUUCAAGUAAA